AUCCUGUGGUUUGAGCACGUCAGCAUGCUGGUGAUCCUGCUGAACUGCGUCACCCUGGGCAUGUUCCAGCCCUGCGAGGACGUGGAGUGCCAGUCAGAGCGCUGCACCAUCCUGGAGGCUUUUGACGACUUCAUUUUCGCUUUCUUUGCGGUGGAGAUGGUCAUCAAGAUGGUGGCCCUGGGGAUCUUCGGGCAGAAGUGUUACCUUGGAGACACGUGGAAUCGCCUGGACUUCUUCAUCGUGAUGGCAGGCAUGAUGGAGUAUUCCCUGGAUGGACACAACGUCAGCCUGUCCGCCAUCCGCACCGUCCGGGUCCUGCGGCCACUGCGAGCCAUCAACAGGGUCCCAAGUAUGAGAAUCCUGGUCACCCUGCUGUUGGAUACUCUGCCUAUGUUAGGCAACGUCCUCCUCUUGUGCUUCUUUGUCUUCUUCAUCUUUGGGAUUGUGGGUGUCCAGCUCUGGGCAGGGCUGCUGAGGAACAGGUGUUUCCUAGACAGGAAUUUUGCAAUGACCUACAACCUGACCUUCCUGCACCCCUACUACCGCACGGACGAGGCGGAGGAGAACCCCUUCAUCUGCUCGUCGCACCGGGAGAACGGGAUGCAGAAGUGCUCCAACAUCCCAAACAGGAAGGAGUACAAGGUGGAGUGCACCUUGAGCAUGGACUCCUACACCCCCAGUUUGUACCACCCCGACUCCAGCAGCAGGAAUUCCUGCAUCAACUGGAACCAGUAUUACAACGUGUGCAUGGCGGGGGACGUGAACCCGCACAACGGAGCUAUCAAUUUUGAUAACAUUGGAUAUGCCUGGAUAGCUAUUUUUCAGGUUAUAACCCUGGAAGGAUGGGUUGACAUCAUGUAUUACGUGAUGGAUGCACAUUCUUUUUACAAUUUUAUAUAUUUUAUAUUGCUUAUAAUAGUCGGUUCCUUCUUCAUGAUUAACUUGUGCCUGGUUGUGAUAGCAACACAGUUCUCCGAGACCAAGCAGCGGGAGAACCAGCUGAUGCAGGAGCAGCGGGCCCGGUACCUCUCCAACGACAGCACAAUCGCCAGCUUCUCGGAGCCGGGGAGCUGCUACGAGGAGCUGCUCAAGUACAUCUGCCACAUCUUCAGGAAGGUGAAGCGCAGGACGAUCCGCCUGUACAACAACUGGCAGAGCAAGCGCCGGAAAAAGGUGAACCCCAACAGCGGCACCAACGGGCAGAGCCACCGCGGCCGCAAGCGCAUCACCUCCAUCCACCACCUCAUCCACCACCACCACCACCACCACCACCACCACUACCACAUCAGCAACGGCAGCCCGCGGGGCCCGCGCCCCAACCCGGAGAUCUGCGACCUGGAGCUCAAGGUCAUGAAGCCCGGGGGGCAGCUGAUGCUGCCUUCCCCGGCCCCCAACGCGCAGAGCCCGGCCCCUCACCCCGACGCCGAGUCCGUGCACAGCAUCUACCAUGCCGACUGCCACGUGGAGGGACCCCCCGUCAACUGCAAGUCUUCCAACGCCCCUGCCGGCAUCAAACUGGCUGCCGGGCUCUCCAGCCGCGGCAACAUGAACUACCCGACCAUCCUGCCCUCACCGACGGGCAGAGUCAGCUCCGUGCCCGUUCCCAAAGGGAAGAAGAACGGGAAUUCGCCGGUGGCCGUGGUUAAUAGCCCGGUGAAUUUGGGCGUGGAUUCUUAUGGGAAGCUGCAGCAACUGGUAGGAGAACAUGGUCUGCGGCGCACACCCAGCCGGCUGUCGGGGCUGAGCACGGCCCCCCUGCCCAGCCCCCCCGGCCCCACCCUGACCUGUGAGCUCCAGGACUGCCCCUUCUGUGCCAGCCUCCUGGACGACCCCGAGUUCGCCCUCAGCGACUCCGAGAGCUGCGACUCCGACAGCAACGGCGUCUACGAGUUCACGCAGGACCUGCGGCACGGCGACCACCGGGACCAGCUCCAGCAGCAGAGGGGCAGGAGGAGGAGGAAGAAGAAGAAACCCAAGGAGAGGAACAAGGUCGUGCAGCUGUGGAAGGCUUUUGGCAGCAAACUGAAGAGGAUCGUGGAGAGCAAGUACUUCAACCGGGGCAUCAUGAUCGCCAUCCUCAUCAACACCCUGAGCAUGGGCAUCGAGUACCACGAGCAGCCAGAUGAGCUGACCAAUGCCUUGGAGAUCAGCAACAUUGUCUUCACCAGCAUGUUUGCCCUGGAGAUGCUCCUGAAACUCCUUGCCUUUGGCAUCUUUGGCUACAUCAAGAACCCCUACAACAUCUUCGACGGGAUCAUCGUUGUCAUCAGUGUCUGGGAGAUCAUUGGGCAGUCGGAUGGGGGCCUGUCCGUGCUCCGGACGUUCCGGCUGCUCCGGGUGCUGAAGCUGGUGCGGUUCAUGCCCGCCCUGCGCCGCCAGCUCGUGGUGCUCAUGAAGACCAUGGACAAUGUGGCCACCUUCUGCAUGCUGCUCAUGCUCUUCAUCUUCAUCUUCAGCAUCCUUGGCAUGCAUCUUUUUGGAUGCAAGUUCAGCCUGAAAACUGAUACAGGAGACACAGUUCCAGACAGGAAGAAUUUUGAUUCCUUGCUUUGGGCCAUUGUCACUGUAUUUCAGAUCCUCACUCAGGAGGACUGGAACGUGGUCCUGUACAACGGGAUGGCCUCGACCUCCUCGUGGGCAGCUCUGUACUUCGUGGCCCUGAUGACCUUCGGGAAUUACGUCCUCUUCAACCUCCUCGUUGCCAUCCUGGUGGAGGGAUUCCAGGCAGAGGGUGAUGCCACUAGGUCAGACACAGAUGAGGACAAGACAUCUGCCAACUUUGAUGAUGAUUUUGAGAAGCUGAAAGACCUCCGAGCGACAGAGAUGAAGAUGUACUCCCUGGCUGUCACCCCCAAUGGGCACCUGGAGGGCAGGGGGUCGAUGCCCCCUCCCAUCAUCCUGCGCACGGCGGCCACCCCGAUGCCCACCCCGAAGUGCUCCCCCCACAUGGACUCCGUGCACACCUUUGUGGACUCGAGGAGAGGCAGCAACGCUUCCCUGGACCCCGCGAGCUACGAUCAGAAGUCCUUGUCUAGCCUCCGCAGCUCCCCCUGCGCCAACUGGGGCACCAGCAGCAACUGGGGGAGCCGGCGCUCGAGCUGGAACAGCCUGGGCAGAGCCCCGAGCCUCAAGAAGAAGAACCAGUCGGGAGAGAGGGAGUCCCUGCUCUCCGGGGAGGGCAAGGGCAGCACCGACGACGACUCGGACGACGCCAAGUCCAGCACGGUCAGCCGGCCCUCGCUGCACCGCCGGGCGGAAUCCCUGGAUUACCGCGGCUCCCUGGAGCUGCCGGAGCUGCUCCAGCUGCCCCCCGUGCGCCACUCGCUCGGGGUGAGCCCCGUGGCCAUGCUGCCCCCCGAGUUCCAGGACUGCAACGGCAAGAUGGUGCACGUGCCCAGCGAGCUCUUCCUGCGCGUCGACGGGCACAAGGAGGAUGCCCUGGACUACGAGGACGACAUGGAGGAUAGUUACUGCUACCGGAUCCGCAAAGUCCUGGAGCCCUACAAACCCCAGUGGUGCAAGACUCACGAAGACUGGUCCCUCUACUUGUUUUCCCCCCAGAAUCGGUUCCGGGUGAUGUGCCAGAAGGUCAUUGCCCACAAAAUGUUUGAUCACGUGGUGCUGGUCUUUAUAUUUCUCAACUGCAUCACUAUUGCACUGGAGAGACCAGACAUAGACCCACAGAGCACGGAAAGGAUAUUCCUCAGUGUUUCUAAUUACAUCUUCACUGCCAUCUUUGUGGCUGAAAUGAUGGUUAAGGUGGUAGCUCUUGGCUUUUUCUCUGGGGAGAACACCUACCUGCAGAGCAGCUGGAAUGUUCUGGAUGGAGUGCUGGUCUUUGUGUCUAUCAUUGACAUUAUUGUGUCCAUGGCAUCAGCAGGAGGAGCCAAAAUCCUGGGUGUCCUUCGUGUUUUGAGACUUCUGCGGACCUUGAGACCUCUCCGAGUCAUCAGCAGAGCCCCAGGUCUGAAGCUGGUGGUGGAAACCUUGAUCUCCUCCUUGAGGCCUAUUGGGAAUAUUGUUCUCAUCUGCUGUGCUUUUUUCAUUAUCUUUGGGAUUUUAGGGGUCCAGCUCUUUAAAGGGAAGUUCUACUACUGUGACGGUCCUGAUGUCAAAAACAUCACCACGAAGACCGACUGCACCAACGCUCGCUACAAAUGGGUCCGGCGCAAGUACAACUUCGACAACUUGGGGCAGGCCCUCAUGUCCCUGUUUGUCCUCUCCUCCAAGGACGGGUGGGUGAACAUCAUGUACGACGGGUUGGACGCCGUGGGCAUCGACCAACAGCCCAUCCAGAACCAUAACCCUUGGAUGCUUCUCUACUUCAUCUCCUUCCUGCUCAUCGUCAGCUUCUUCGUGCUCAACAUGUUUGUGGGGGUGGUGGUGGAGAACUUCCACAAGUGCCGGCAGCACCAGGAGGCGGAGGAGGCGCGGCGGCGGGAGGAGAAGCGGCUCCGACGCCUGGAGAAAAAGCGCAGGAGUAAGGAGAUGUACCUGUCUGAAGCCCAGCGCAGGCCUUACUACGCCGACUAUUCCCCGGCACGGAAAUACAUCCACAGCCUCUGCACCAGCCACUACCUCGACCUGUUCAUCACCUUCAUCAUCGGGGUCAACGUCAUCACCAUGUCCAUGGAGCACUACAACCAGCCAAAGUCCCUGGAUGAAGCCCUGAAGUACUGCAACUAUGUGUUCACCAUCGUUUUUGUGUUCGAGGCCCUUCUGAAGUUGGUGGCAUUUGGUUUCCGAAGGUUCUUUAAGGACAGGUGGAAUCAGCUGGAUUUGGCCAUAGUUCUGCUGUCCAUUGUGGGAAUCACCCUGGAGGAGAUCGAGAUGAAUGCUGCUCUGCCCAUCAACCCCACCAUCAUCCGCAUCAUGCGGGUGCUCAGGAUAGCCAGAGUGCUGAAGCUGCUGAAAAUGGCCACAGGGAUGAGAGCUCUGCUGGACACGGUGGUACAAGCCCUUCCCCAGGUAGGGAACCUUGGCCUACUUUUUAUGCUCCUGUUUUUUAUCUAUGCUGCCCUGGGAGUGGAAUUGUUUGGCAAGCUCGAUUGCAGCGAAGAAAAUCCCUGUGAAGGUCUGAGCCGCCACGCCACCUUCACCAACUUCGGCAUGGCCUUCCUCACCCUCUUCAGGGUGUCCACGGGGGACAACUGGAAUGGCAUCAUGAAGGACACUCUCCGGGAAUGCACUCGGGAGGACAAGCACUGCCUCAGUUACCUGCCCGUCAUCUCCCCCGUCUACUUCGUCACCUUCGUCCUCAUCGCGCAGUUUGUCCUGGUCAACGUGGUGGUGGCCGUGCUGAUGAAGCACCUGGAGGAGAGCAACAAGGAGGCCAAGGAGGAUGCUGAGAUGGAUGCUGAGAUCGAGCUGGAGAUGUCCAGAGGGACCAGCACCUCGGCCCCGGGUGGGAGCAGGGGCGGUGCCGUGGCCCCGGCGGGCCGGGCGCCCUGCAGGGCUCAGGAGGGCGUGAAGGCAGCGCUGCAGGUGAAGCACCAAGCCCUGGGCAGCUCAGCGUCCCUGAGGCCCCAGGAGUCCCAGAACCUGCUGACAGUCCGUAAGAUCUCCGUGUCCCGGAUGCAUUCCCUGCCCAACGACAGCUACAUGUUCCGGCCCGUGAUGCCAGCGAAAGCCCCUUUCCCCCUUCACGAGGUGGAGAUGGAAACCUAUCCCUGCAAAACCCAAAGAGGAUCCAUCACCUCCAUCCGCUCCCAGCCCGUGGGCACAUGUUCCUCUCUCAGAGUCCCAGUGGAGUCCCUCCAGCUGUCUGUCUGCUCCCCCAGCCACGAGGGCCGGCACCGCUGGAAGGUCCUUCCCCCCAGCGUCACACCUCGGUCUCCUGUCCUCAGCAAGCUGCUGUGCAGGCAGGAGGCCCUUCGAAUGGAGUCGGUGGAUGGACAGACUCCGGACCGCGCGGACAACCUGCAAGCCGAUCCUGGAGAGACACCUCCAUCAGCAAAGCAGCCCCAGAGCACCCUCAGCCCCAGCCCCCUGCAUUCCACAGCCGCCUCCCUACCGGCCACCCCUCCGGGCUCUCCCCACCACCCUCCCAGCCCCCUGCCUCGGAAGCACCCCUGCGGCCAGCGCGGCAUUCCCAGCCGGCCGCCCAGCCCUGCCAGCCCCGAGGGCUGCCCCGGCGAGCCCUCCGACCUGGCGGACGAGGAGGUUCGGCACAUCAACAGCUCGGCCAAAGACUGGGCAGAGGAGCACUCGGAGCCCGGGAGCCGCUCCGCCUCGCCCUUCAUCUCCCCGGCCCCGUCCCCGGUGCCCCUCAAGAACUGCAGCACAAGCAGCCUCUCCAGCGGCCGCAGGGAGAAGGACUUGAAGAAGUUCUACAGCACCGACACCAAGGGCUUCCUCAGCAAGCCCAGCUGGGCCGACGAGCAGCGGCGGCACUCCAUCGAGAUCUGCCCCUCCCUCGGCGACCGGGACUGCGGCUUCCAGGACCCCGCCGAGGAAAAGCAGCGGCCCCCUGCCCAUGUCCAGGUGGAGUCCGACUACAUCCAUGGCGCCCGGAGGAAGAAGAAGAUGAGCCCGCCCUGCAUUUCUAUAGAUCCUCCCAUGGAGGACGAUGGCGGGGCGGCCCCGCGCGCCAAGCCCUCUGAGAACAGCAUGCUGAGGAGAAGGACCCCAUCCUGCGAGUUCCCGGCCUACAGAGAAUCCCUGGAGCUCGCGGAGAGCCAGCCCGGGGAGCCAGGCUCCAAAGCGGAGCGCCGGGGCCAGCCCCAGUGCCGGGGGGAGCACCUCACCAUCCCCAACUUCUCCUUUGAGCAGUUGGACGGCGGCUCCCUGAGCAGCCUCUCGGAUCUCCUGGACAGCGGGCAGUCCACGCCGGACUCGCGGCCGGACCCCGAACUGAAAAAGCCGGAUCACUUAAAGACUCAGCGGAGCAACGGCGAGAAAAGCAAAGAGCUGCUGGGCAUCGCCAAGAGCCCCCUCCGGAAGCAGGACUUGGCCCCCGUGACUGUUGCCACAGAAGAAGACGUGGAUGACCCAGUAUAGCUGUCUGGGAGGGGGGAAAGGGGGGGGUCUCAAGGGCUUGACACCAACGUGGGGGUUCCGCAGUGGGCACCGAGCGGCCGCGGGGUUGCGGGCGGCUGCUCAGCGGGGUUUUCCCUCUCCGGCGCAGUCACU